UUGGGUGUAAUUUAAGACUUGUUUUGGUCAUAAUUGUAUGACUUUAUUCUUUUAAAAGAUGUUUUUUUUGUCACAAUUUUAGAAAUGUAUUCGUAUAGUAUUAGUUUUUGUUGUAAUUUUACAAUUUCAUUCUUUUGAUAUUAUAACCUUUGUUGUAAUUUUUUUUGACAUCAUUUCACCACUUUUUUGUAAUUUAAAAUGUUUUUCCUCGCAAUUGUACAAUUUAUUUUUUAUAACAUUACAACCUAUUUGUACUGUGACAUUUUGACCAUAAUUGUAGAACUUAUUUUAUUCUUAUUAAUGCUAGGACGUGGUCAUAAUUUUUUUUGGUCAGAAUAUUUUUGUCAGGUGUAUUCUCUUAACAGUAUGACUCUGCUCAUAAUUUUAUGACUGUAUUGUGUUUCAUGAAAGAUAUUACAACUUUAUUCUCUCAACAUUAUGACUUUUUUUUUUAUUUUUUUACAUAAUUUCACAACUUUAUUUUCAUAAGAUUCUAAAAAAAAAAAUGUUUGUCUUAAUCUUUGGACUUGUGUCCCAUCCAGGAGUGAACGCGUGUGAUCGGACAGUAUGGCCGCCCAGGAGCCUUCGCCUCCAUCGUCCAUGGAGAGCAACAAGCCGGGCUUCCCCAAGAAGAUCCUGGGCAACAAGCUGGAGGACAAGCACCUGUGCAAGUGCUGCCACAACAUCCUGAGACGACCCUUCCAGGCGCAGUGCGGCCAUCGCUUCUGCUCGUACUGCUUCAACCUGGCCAUCAGUAACGGACCACAGAAAUGCAACGCUUGCAUCAAGGAGGACAUUUUCGAAGAGGCCACGUCAAUCCUGAAACAAGGAUGUGCUUUUCCCGACAACGCCGUCCGGCGGGAAGUGGAAAACCUCACGGCUGUCUGCAUAAACGAAAGCUGCUCUUGGAGAGGAUCUGUCAAAGAUUACGAGCUGAACCACGAGGCCAAGUGCGAGUUCAUGAUCGUCCCGUGCCCCUCCUGCAAGGAGCGCAUUCGCUUCAACGAGCAGGAGCGGCACAGCGAGCGCGAGUGCCCGGAGAGGACGCUCAACUGCAAGUACUGCAAGGAACCCUUUCACUUCAAGAACAUCAAGGCCCACGAUGAGAUUUGCCCCAAAUACCCGAUGAUCUGUGAAGGCUGCGCCAAAAAGAAGAUACCAAGGGAGAAGUACGUGGACCACAUCAAGUACUGCAGCAAAUUCAGGAUGCCGUGUCGCUUUCACGUCGUGGGCUGUGACAUGUCGGUGGAGAAAGAGAAGACCCACGACCACGAACGCGCGUUUGCCUACGAGCACCUCAACUUGCUGCUGCACUACAUCAUGGGCAUGAAGGUGAGCAUGGAGGCGCUGCAGCCGCAGGGUCUGGAGGUGGCGGGGCACAAACUGGUGGAACUGCAGCAGUCGCUCAGGGAACUGGAGGCCCGGGUCUCCCAGCUCAGCACCACCUCCUCCUCCUCCGGGCCUCCCGUGCAGGGAGCCGCCGCCUCCUCGUCCUCCGGCUCGGGCCCGCUGGUCCUGGCUCCCCUGCCCCCGCCUCCCGCCCUGGCCCCCGCCCUGUCCGUGUCUACCUCCUUCACGCCCCUGCCCAGCUCGGUGGGCGCGGCCCUGGAGCUGCAGCUCCACAGCGAGAAGACCAAGGUGGCCGAGCUGGGCCGCCGCUGCACCGAGCUGGAGGUGAAGGCGGGCACCUUUGAGAACGUGGUGUGCGUCCUGAACAGAGAGGUGGAGCGCUUCGCCACCACCAUGGAGGCCAGUAACCGCCAGCACAAGCUGGACCAGGACAAGAUCGAGGCUCUGAGUAACAAGGUGCGGCAGCUGGAGAGGACGGUGGGCCUGAAGGACCUGACGGUAGCGGAGAUGGAGGGUCGGCUAAGGGAAAUGUCCGCCACGACGUUCGACGGCGUCUUUGUGUGGAGGAUCUCCGAUUUUGUCAAAAAGAGACAGGACGCUGUCGCUGGUCGAGCCCCCGCCAUGUUCUCGCCAGCUUUCUACACCAGUAAAUAUGGCUACAAGAUGUGUCUGCGGAUCUAUCUGAACGGGGACGGGACAGGGCGCGGCAGCCACUUGUCCUUGUUCUUUGUGGUGAUGCGGGGACUCAGCGACGCGCUGCUCAAGUGGCCCUUCAACCAGAAGGUGACCCUUAUGUUGCUGGACCAGAGCAACCGGGAGCACAUCAUAGACGCCUUCCGGCCCGACGUCACCUCGUCGUCCUUCCAGCGGCCCGUGAGCGAGAUGAACAUCGCCAGCGGCUGCCCGCUCUUCUGCCCGCUCUCCAAGCUAGACGCCAAAAACUCUUACAUCCGCGACGACACCAUCUUCAUCAAGGCCAUCGUGGACCUCACCGGGCUCUAGAGGGGGCGGGGCCACACCAGGUGUUCAGUUUUGACAAGUGGACCGGGGUCUUCAUUGUGACUCUGAGGUAAUCCCUCCGGGGCGCAGCUAUAGCGUCCUUCUGCCGCUUUGGGGAGUUACAGACGUGUGCCCGGGCGCCGCUGUUGUUGCGGCGAGAAUGUCCGUCACCCACUGUUUGUUUCCGGCGCGGCAAUAUUAUCUUAAGUGCGUCGCAGGAGGACACCGACGGGACGGCGAGGACCGAGGAAAGUCGCGUGUCGGGUGCGGGUUUAUCAUCGCGACGGCAGCUAAUUCGGGGGUGGUGAGGUCUUCUGCUUCUUCGUCUUGAGAUUGUCGGUGUCGUGAGCCUCUCUGGUCUCGUGUUGAGUACAUUUGCAUAGACAAACGUGGAGUUAUGUGAUCAACAAGGCUUCUCCCCCUUCUUCUUUCGUCCCACAGGUGCCACGUGCAUGCUCGCUGGCGCCUUAUGUCCACUGAAGCUCGACGAGGGCGCCGUUGUUAGUUUUUGCCCGCGUGUGUUGUUUAGAUUACAGUGGUUCUCAAACUAGGGAACCCGGACCCCUGGGGGUCCUUGGGCCGUAACUUGGUGGUCGGCAAAGAAUUUUGCAAUAAAUUGUUAACCAAUCAGGGGACGAAAAAAAUGCUGACAUCUUUGAGAGCUACCUUGCUGUGUCUGUUUGGAUGAAUUUGAGUCCUAAAGAAACAAUCUGAUUGCUAAUAUAGUUCAAGUUGCUGUACAUGGGCCAGAACUGAUUCUGAAGGACCUGGGCAGAUUUAAUUGACAUGGCAACACAUAGAGGCAGAAAUGUAAUUUGUAGAGAUGCACAAUAUUUUUUUCCAAACCGAUACCGAUACCUUCCUGCUUCUCAAGACCAAGACGAUAACCAAUAACUUAUUUGUGUUUUUUUAUUUAGAGUUAAAUUUAGUUUGUGCACACCUGGAGGAAAGAAAUACUCAAAGAUUUGUCCUAACCAAGUAUGACAUCACUAUUAAAACAAUAACUUAUUUGUGUUUUUUUAUUUAGAGUUAAAUUUAGUUUGUGCACACCUGGAGGAAAGAAAUACUCAAAGAUUUGUCCUAACCAAGUAUGACAUCACUAUUAAAACAAAUUUGAAAAACACAUCUGUUUCUAGAAUUGCAUAUUUAUGCAUCUUUUUUCAAGAAAAUACUUUGUUUUCAGUGGCUUAUCAGAAGUAAACUUCAGCCAUAGUUAAGUGCAAAAUGAAACGGAGGCAGAUGUGCUAACCAGUCGUACACCGUUCCGCCCAAAUAAUUAUCUGUCCGAUAAUUAUCAUGCAUCCCUACUAAUUGGACAAAAAUCUUUACAUCCACAUACACGUACGGGAAGCAGUGCAGCCAACAGAAAUGCUACGAAAUGAGUGAGAAUUGGCUGUUGGGGAAAAAGUGAACACAAUUUUACGAAAUAAAUAUCAGAAUUUAGGUUGCAAAUGUACAUACGUGUACAUCAGUGCUUCUGAUAUUUCUUUAGACAAGCAGAGAAUUUCUUUCUGACCCCUUAAUAUUGAGUGUCAAUUAAAACAUUGCAUACCUACUGUACAUAUGUCGGGGACCACUGCGGCAAUAAAACAAACCUUAGAUUUGGGCCAUUUUAAAGCUCUGCUAUGAUUGUGACGUAUCGCAAACAGUAAAUCUGACAUCCCUGCAUGCGUGCGACAUUUCCAGCUCUCACGCUCUUGUACAGGUCAAGCAAAGGCAACCUCGGCAAGUGUUUACGGCUUGGAAGUACAUUCCUCUGGUGUAACCUUGACAAUAUCGUUUUUAAAUCACUGCUUGGAGCACCUCAACUCACUUCAAUAUUGUUCCUAGGUACAAAGAUACCACGAGAUGGUGUCAAAGCACUACUUUGGUCUCAAUGAAGCGCCUCAACUCACAUCAGCAUUGUUCCUAGCAACAAGAAAUGUCUAAAUGAAGCUCUUCAAUCACUUCAACAUAGUUUCUUGGCACCAAGAUGCCACAAGAUCGCCACAAAGCCCUACUUUUGUACAAAUAAACUCCUCAACUCACUUCACCAUAGUUCUGUGGCACCAAAAUACCAAGAAAUGGCAGUAAAGCACUACCUUUGUCUGAAUGAAGCUCCUCAACUCACUUAAGGAUAGUUCCUUGUCUUCAGUAUGCUCAGAGAUAAUUCUAUUAUAGCUGUGACAUUAAAUUUGGUGGAUUAAUUUCUAUUAAACAGGUCAUACAUUUUUAAAUUCCAUCCAUCCAUCCAUCCAUUUUCUGAACCGCUUCUCCUCACUCGGGUCGCGGGCAUGCUGGAGCCUAUCCCAGCUAUCAUCGGUACACCCUGAACUGGUUGCCAACCAAUCGCAGGGCACAUAUAAACAAACAACCAUUCGCACUCACAUUUACACCUACAGGCAAUUUAGAGUCGUCAAUUAACCUAGCAUGCAUGUUUUUGGGAUGUGGGAGGAAACCGGAGUGCCCGGAGAAAACCCACGCAGGCACGGGGAGAACAUGCAAAGUCCGCACAGGCGGGGCCGGGGAUUGAACCCCUGUCCUCAGAACUGUGUGGCAGAUGCUCUAACCAGUCGUCCACCGUGCCGCCAUUUUUAUAUUGAAAUGUAAAAAAAAAAGAGAAGAAUAAUCCCAUGGCAUGCAGUUUAAUUGGUGUUGGAUUAUGAGGAGCUCCUUGGAAAACGUUCUUCCCUGUCAGGGGUCCCUGGACCCAAAAACUUUGAGAACCCUUGGUUUAGAAGCAGGCGUCCCUUUUCGUGUAAAGUUUGUGCUCGUUCCGACUCGGGAGGGGUCGGGGGCGGGGGGUUGCGACCAGUGCUUUGGUACAUCUGUGGAAGAUACAGUGGAGUUAGCGAGGUGUCCGAGGCGCAGGCCUGACAUUGUGUUUUUUCUUGAGUACACCCCCUCCCCACCCCUGUGAUUACGCUCGCUGGCUCGCAUCUCGACAGGUGGCGGUGUUCCCUCCCCUCCCACGCCCGCCCCCCGCUCACCGAGAGAAGGAACGUUGUUUUCUUGUGGGUCCAAAAUGUGACGUGUGCGCUGCUAGCCGAGCUGGCAUACCGAUGUGAUUCUUAUAGUGUAUACUGUUUUGUGGGUGCAAAUGUACAUAAAUAGAAAAUCAAGACUUCUGUACAGUGAACCCUCGCUAUUCACGAGGGUUAGGGACCACGACCCGCCACCAUGAGCACAAAUUUGUUUGUAAUAGAUGCUCCCCCCAAAAUAAUGUUCAUGAUUGCCUGUAUUAAUAGUUUAAACCCUUAACAUAACCAAAAGUAGGAUCCCAAAACACAUCAUUUCAAACUACUUACUUCCAACUCACUUCAAUAGUACCAAGAUGCCACAAGAUGGCAGAAAAGCACUAUUUUUGUUCAAUUAAGCUCCUCAAUUCACUUUAACAUAGUUCCUUGGCACAAAGAUUGCAGCAAAGUGUACUACUUUUGUCUAAAUGAAGUGCCUCAACUCACGUUAACAUACUUCCUUGAAAACAAGAUGCCACGCGAUGACGGCAAAGCACUACAUUUGUCGAGUGAAGUUCCUCAACUCACUUUAACAUAGUUCCUUGGCACCAAGAUGCAGUCAAAGCACUACUUUUGUCUAAAUGAAGUGCCUUGACUCACUUCAACAUAGUUCAUUGCACCAAGAUGCCAUAAGAUGGUGGCAGAGCAAUACUUUUGCCUAACAAAGCUGCUCAACUCACUUCGGCAUAAUUCCAUGGCACCAAUAUGCAAAAAGAUGAUGGCAUACCACUACUUUUGUCUAAUGAAGCGCCUCAACUCACUUCAACAUAGUUCCUUGGCACCAAGAUGCCACAAGAUGGCAGCAAAGCACUUCUUUUGUCUAAAUCAAACACCUGUACUCACUUUAACAUAGUUCCUCAAAAUCAAGAUGUCUCAAGAUGGUGGUGGCAAAGUACUACUUUUGCGUGAUGAAUUUCCUGAACUCACAUCAGAUCCCACAAGAUGGCGGCAAAGCUCUACUUUUGUCUGAAUCAAGCACCUCAAGUUGCGCGAAUCGGCAGGGGUUCACUGUACACUGUUUUGUGGGUGCAAAUGUACAAAAAGAGAAAUUCGGAUUGUUCUGCUUACUAAAUAGAUGUUCAAGCUUGUGGACUUGACUGCUUUUUGACUCUUUGGAAGGGUCCCGCUGGCCUGUUUUCAAACCAGUCUCGACCGGUAUUGAAGCCUCUCUGUGCAUGGGAGACUUUAAUUGGUAAAUCAUGUAAAGCGGCUCCACGCCGGUUCACGCCGCUGUGGCCGCGUUUAUUUCCAUUUGUCUGGAGGAGAAUACGGUAGAGUAGCUUAUUAUGUUAUAUCCGGCUGUGCUCGUCACAAAGUAUUGGCCUAUAUUCCUUAUAACAAUGUAUAAAUAUGUAUUUUUCAUAUCAUAAAUCUCUAUAUAAAAUCUAGAUAUCCGUGCGGACGCGCACAAGCUGUUAUAAUAAAAAUAGUAUUACCGAAUACACUAUUAAUUCUAUAUCUAUGUAUCAGUUUUUGUUUUAUUUGUUGAAGAUGGUUUAAACAGGCCAGAGCUGAUUCCUUUUGGUGCAGCGUGAGUCCUUCUUGAGUGCAAUAUUACAUUUUAAGGGUUUACAGGAGUCCCGCGUGACUUAUUUAGCACUGUUUGUUUACAUUGCGGCAAGCAACUUUAAACUUGUCUCACAUAAAUAUCGUUGUCAUGCCGGCGGAAAUGACGCAAAUAUGACUUUUCAUGUUGUGCUCUUUGUGGGUUUAUAUUCUUAGCUGAAGAAAAACAAGCAUGUAACCAGUACCAUUACAUGUAUUAAAAAAUAUAUAAUAACCCUUUGUGUCGUGCCAAACUCAAAUAUUACCUCCAUGUUGUAUUGCAAGGUGUUUUAUUUGUUUAUUCUAUGCCUCUACAUUACCUGUAUGUGUAUGUUGCCAAAUGGUUAUUUAAACUGGAGCUGCUCUUUGUGUGUUAUAAUAAAUAAUAACACGUGUGCGUGUGUGAAUGCAUGGGUCACUACUAGCACCAGAGCAUAUCAUAAAAAAAAACAAAGUGCCCACCAACAAAAUAUCCUCGUAUUUACGCCCAUGUAAUCUGAAUGUAAACCCUUUACACAUUGAAAGAAAACACGUGUGUGUAACGUGAUGCAGUUGGAAUGAAGCAACUUUUAUUUGUGCACUUUGCAUUAGUUCCAUGUUCAAACAGGGUAUUUUUAUUCGUGUACCUUGAAGUCACGAGCCAUACAAGUAUUCCGCUGUUGAUAUUUGAUGUGUUAACGCUCAAAAGAAACUCGCAGUCUGUAAUAAAGUUUGGUGAUUUGAACGCGUU